AUGACUAUCGUUAUCCGUCUCAACUCGCCGGGGAAAAUGGAAGCUCUAAUGCAGCUGCCACCUGCGGCGCCUCUUUAUUCGACCACACGGAAACGAAAGAAGCUUUUCCGGCGAAUUUCCUCAAGCCCUUGGGACUCGUAUCAAACGUUUUCGUCUCAAGGUGGACCCAGUGGAGAGAAAUUAUUACCAAUUCAUGCGAAACAUGUUUAUGCAAACAAGUCAUCAGGUCUCUUGCCCGAACGUUGUACCUUAUCAGCGCUGUUGCUCUACUAUGCACGCAACAAUUUAUUCUCCGAAGCACAGACGAUUUGGGAUGACCUGCUGAACAGCUCGUUCAUGCCUGAUCCCGAAUUAGUCUCCGAAUUAAUCUUCAUCUACGGUAGAAUUGGAGAUUUUGAUAGGGUCACCAGAAUACUGCACGAGAUGCAGAUAAAAGAUUCUAAACGUUUGCCUGAUAUAAUGAGUCUGUCCGUAUCUAGUUUCGGCAGGAGAGGAUACCUUGACUGCAUGGAGCUGAUGAUUAAAAGAAUGGUUGCCAUGGGUUAUUCCGUUAGCUCUGUGGCUGGCAAUGCUUACGUUGUGCACUACAGCGCUUUUGGCUCGCUGGCCGAUAUGGAAUUAGCCGUUGGGCGUCUCAAGCGUUCGAGGAUUCUCAUCGAGGAAAAUGCUAUACGGGCAGUUUCUUUGGCGUAUAUCAAGAAGAAUAAGUUUUAUUCUUUGGGCCGUUUCGUGCAUGAUGUGGGGCUCGGCAGGAAAAAUGUAGGCAAUCUUCUCUGGAACCUUCUGCUGCUGUCUUAUGGCGCGAAAUUCAAGAUGAAGAGCCUGCAGAGGGAGUUUGUGCGGAUGGUGGAGUCCGGGUUUUGUCCUGACCUGGACACGUUCAACAUUAGGGCACUCGCGUUCUCGAGGAUGUGUUUGAUGUGGGACUUGCACCUGAGCCUGGAGCACAUGAAGCACGAUGGGAUCUGCCCCGAUCUCGUAACCUACGGCUGUGUCGUGGAUGCAUACAUGGACAGGAGGCUCGGGAGGAAUUUGAGAUUUGCAUUGGGAAAAAUCGGUUGGGAUUGUCCAGUGUCGAUGAGGACGGACCCGCUCGUUUUCGAGGCUAUGGGGAAAGGAGAGUUCCAUUCGAGCUCGGAAGUUGUGAUGGAGUACUGGGGAAGAAAAGAUUGGACCUACGAAAUGCUUGUUUCUGUCUACCUUAAGAAAAAAUUCCGUAGUAAUCAGAUAUUUUGGAAUUACUAA